CCGAAACAAAAUCACACCAUGGGCGGAUUGACGUUUGAUACGCGGGUGUUGCGUGAUGCCGCGGUCGUCGAAACCAUUGCGGCGGAUCAGCUGGAAGACCUAUGCAUGAUGUUGCAGCUUAACGUCCCAUCUACUGCAGCGUCGGACAAGUUGCGCCGCAAACUCAGUCGCCAUGCAUCAACUGUGGGGUUGGUGGCAGAAGACAUGGAUCGUGCAGUGUUGGGCUUGAGCACGAUUCUCACCGAAGCGUCCAAGAAAGACUUGUCGCCCGCAGACCUUGCACAUUCAGUGUCGAGCCUCAAUCUAUCUCCCGCCCACGUCGAUGUCCUCGUACAGUACUACGUCGACAACAAGGACCAAAUCAAGGCAGCUGUUGCGUGGCACGCGCCGCUCGGGGUACCAGCGUAUCAUUCGUUCGACUGGCGAUUGGACAUGGAGGUGCACACCUUCCUGCUGCACCUCGUCACACGUACCCAUGCUUCAUUCGCGCCAUCCUAGAUUGGAACGCGUACACUGCAUCAUCACGCGAGCCCGGUGCUAACUCUUCAAGUCACGACCUCUGCCAACAAUGCGAUGCCUCAGCUGUUGCAGUGCAGCCACGGACAGCUCCAUGCCCUUCACGACAGCCUCAAGAGUGCCCUCAAGGAAAUUCAGACGCCCCAUAGCAGUCGCAUGACGCGCUAUCUCUAACAAGCAAAUAGUGUGCUAGACGAGUUCAAUACUAUAAAAAAAUAGUGUACAUGAUACGGGU